CGCGGACCCCUGGUGGGCACCCAGGGGGUGGGGGACGGGAGCCCCAGCUCCAGCCCUGGACCUUUCUGGAAGGUCGUCUGGCUCUACACUCCACUCCCGCCUGUUGCUGCGGAUGCAACAAGUAUCCGCAUAUCGCUGUCCAGCUCAAGGUCAGCCUAGGCCACGGGUGGGUCAGCCCGGCUUGGAAGGCCCAAGCGCCUCCGGGGAGGUGGCCACCCCAGCAGUGAGGGCAGCCCAAACCUCCCUGCGUUCCCCAGCUUCUCCAUCGCCAGCUCCACCCCUUUCCAGUCAGCUUGUCUCCAGUGACACCCAGCAUGUCCACCUGCAUCUUGGCCAGAGCUACAAGACAGGAGCCUGUGAUGAACCAGUUUGUGCCAGUUUGUACCACACAAUGUCAGCUCAGACACAGCUGGAGGUGCCCAGAGUGGGGCUCUAUCAUGUAACUGUUCUGAAUAAAAGCAGUCACUAAACAUGAUUUAUAUGGUUUUGUAAACCCUUCUAAUAAAAAUAUUCACAAAUAAGGGACAGUGCGCAGCUACCCUCCCCCCGAUUCAUAUGUCCCCUAAGUGAUGGCCAUUUCUCCUGCAAAGAGAUACCACCAGGCCACAGCAGCUUCUAUAACUACAGUGUUUACAGUGGUAACUGCUAGCAAAAACUGCCUCCACCACCACCUCUCCUAGACUGGCUUACCACCUGAUUUCUGUGUUGGCAAUGGCUGUAUUUUCCUACAGGAAAUCUUGGUUGCUGAGCAAGUUUGUGACCCAGGAAGUAGCAGCUGAAACCUUGGGAUGCUGAUUUGAGGCUGCUGUGUACUCUGAGGUCCCUAAGUAGCCCCACCACCACCAUGGACCUGGACCCCCAGGCGGGUGUGCAGGUGGGCAUGCGCGUGGUGCGCGGCGUGGACUGGAAGUGGGGCCAGCAGGACGGAGGUGAGGGCGGCGUGGGCACGGUGGUGGAGCUGGGCCGCCACGGCAGCCCCUCAACGCCCGACCGCACAGUUGUCGUACAGUGGGACCAGGGCACCCGCACCAACUACCGCGCUGGCUACCAGGGUGCCCACGACCUGCUGCUCUACGACAACGCACAGAUUGGCAUCCGCCACCCCAACAUCAUCUGCGACUGCUGCAAGAAGCACGGGCUGCGUGGCAUGCGCUGGAAGUGCCGCGUCUGCUUCGACUACGACCUCUGCACACAGUGCUACAUGCACAGCAAGCACGACCUGGCCCACGCCUUCGAGCGCUAUGAGACGGCCCACUCCCGCCCUGUCACGCUGAGUCCCCGCCAAGGCCUCUCUAGGAUCCCGCUAAGGGGCAUCUUUCAGGGAGCCAAGGUGGUGCGUGGCCCUGACUGGGAGUGGGGCUCCCAGGAUGGAGGGGAAGGGAAGCCAGGCCGCGUGGUGGACAUCCGUGGCUGGGAUGUGGAGACAGGCCGGAGUGUGGCCAGCGUGACGUGGGCAGACGGGACCACCAACGUGUACCGAGUGGGCCACAAGGGCAAGGUGGACCUCAAGUGUGUGGGCGAGGCGGCUGGCGGCUUCUACUACAAGGAGCACCUUCCCAGGCUUGGCAAGCCAGCAGAGCUGCAGCGCAGGGUGAGUGCAGACAGCCAGCCUUUCCAGCGAGGAGACAAGGUCAAGUGUCUGUUGGACACAGACGUCCUGAGGGACAUGCAGGAAGGCCACGGUGGCUGGAACCCCAGGAUGGCGGAGUUUAUCGGACAGACGGGCACCGUGCACCGCAUCACGGACCGUGGGGACGUGCGUGUGCAGUUCAACCAUGAGACCCGCUGGACCUUCCAUCCUGGGGCUCUCACAAAGCACAACUCCUUCUGGGUGGGUGACGUGGUUCGGGUGAUCGACGACCUGGACAUGGUGAAGAGACUGCAGGCUGGACAUGGUGAAUGGACGGACGACAUGGCCCCUGCCCUGGGCCGCGUGGGGAAGGUGGUCAAGGUGUUUGGAGACGGGAACCUGCGUGUGGCAGUUGGUGGCCAGCGGUGGACCUUCAGCCCGUCCUGCCUAGUGGCCUACCGGCCUGAGGAGGAUGCCAACCUGGAUGUGGCUGAGCGUGCCAGGGAGAACAAAAGCUCACUGAGCAUGGCCCUGGACAAGCUGCGGGCCCAGAAGAACGACCCGGAGCACCCAGGGAAGCUGGUGGUGGAGGCAGCUCUGGGCAAUGUGGCACGGGCUCUGGACCUGCUUCGGAGGCACCCUGAGCAGGUGGACACCAAGAACCAAGGCAGGACUGCCCUGCAGGUGGCUGCCUACUUGGGCCAGGUGGAGCUGGUGCGGCUGCUGCUGCAAGCGAGAGCGGGCACAGACCUUGCCGAUGAGGACGGCAACACCGCGCUGCACUAUGCAGCCCUGGGGAACCAGCCGGAGGCUGCCCGCAUGCUCCUGAGUGCAGGGUGUGGGGCCGACGUCCUCAGCGGCUCCCGGAGCACAGCCCUGCACGUGGCUGUGCAGAGAGGCUUCCUGGAGGUGGUGAAGACCCUGUGUGAGCGUGGCUGUGACGUCAACCUGCCGGAUACCCAUGCCGACACGCCCCUGCACUCCGCCAUCUCCGCAGGCACCGCCGCCAGUGGCAUUGUCGAGGUUCUCACCGAGGCGCCGGGGAUUGACGUCACUGCCACCAACAGCCAGGGCUUCACGCUGCUGCACCACGCUGCCCUCAAAGGCCACGUGCUAGCGGUUAGGAAGAUCCUGGCUCGGGCACGGCAGCUGGUGGACGCCAAGAAGGAAGACGGUUUUACUGCACUGCACCUGGCUGCUCUAAACAACCACCGGGAGGUGGCCCAGGUUCUCAUCCGAGAGGGGCGCUGUGACGUCAACGUGCAAAACCGGAAGCUCCAGUCCCCGCUGCACCUGGCUGUCCAGCAGGCCCACGUGGGGCUGGUGCCAGCGCUGGUGGACGCCGGCUGCUCUGUCAACACGGAGGAUGAGGAGGGAGACACGGCCCUGCACGUGGCCCUGCACCGUCACCAGCUGCUGCCUCUGGUGGCUGACAGGGCAGGGGGGGACCCAGGGCCCUUGCAGCUGUUAUCCAGGCUCCAAGCCUCCGGCCUCCCGGGGAAUGCGGAGCUGUCGGUGGGUGCUGCAGUGGCUUGCUUCCUGGCACUGGAGGGCGCCGACGUGAACUAUGCCAACCACCGGGGUCGGAGCCCGCUGGACCUGGCUGCCGAGGGCCACGUGCUCAAGGCCCUGCAGGGCUGCGCCCAGCGUUUCCGGGAGCGGCAGGCGGCCGGAGGGGGCUCUGCCCCCUGCCCUAGGCAUGUGCUCACCACCCCCAACACCGUGACGAACCUGCACGUGGCCGCCACCCCAGCGGGGCCAGAGGCCGCUGAGUGCCUGGUGUGCUCCGAGCUGGCGCUGCUGGUUCUGUUCUCUCCAUGCCAGCACCGCACCGUGUGUGAGGAGUGUGCCCGCAGGAUGAAGAAAUGCAUCCGGUGCCAGGUGGUCAUCAGCAAGAAGCUGCGCCCAGGUGGGUGGGCCUGUGUGUGUGUCACACACACACACACACAGAGCAUUGGGGUGGUGCGGGUAACUGGUUCUGGGGUUUGA